AUGCGUGUUCAUCUCCAUUGGUCUCGGGUCGCAAGUCUUGGCCUGCUAGGUGCCAGCCUGGUGCAGUCAGCAGAGCUGAGCAAGCAAUCCAAGCAACUCUUUGACCAGUCAAUGACACUGCUGGACGAUAUUUAUGACUCUGAUGCUUCUUAUUUGAAUUAUUUUUAUUUUCCCUUGGCGGCGGGAGCACACGAGACUCGAUCCACUGUUUGGUAUUCUGUUGGACUGCUUCAACGUAACCAGGGCACCGACCGGGAUGAAGCUGUUAAGAUUUUGAAAAAUGUGAUUGGUGGCCAGGAAAAAAAUGAGUCGGUGUUGUGGUUUGGUGAUUAUACGGUGUAUCCUGAGCAGCCAACGGUUGGAAGCCCUGCAUAUGACCCCGUGAUCUAUAAUUCAUGGGAUCCAAACUGGAGAGGCUUCAUCGGCACCGCGCUAAUCCUCAUCUACGAGGAAUUCGGCAAUCUUUUGCCCGCAGACGUAAAAGACCUAGUCAUCGAGAGCCUAUACAACAACACCGUCGGCGACAGCUACCGCGUCGGCGGCGUUGACAACGAUAAUCUCUACCCGGCCUAUUCAAAUGCCUGGCUCAUGCGAACGGUAGUCACAUCCUGGACAGGUCACCAUUUGAAAAAUGCCAACAUGACAUCCGCCGGAGACACUGAUGCUCAGAAAUUCCUCGACCUCUUCGAUCGCAAUCACACCCUCUCCGAAUUCAACGGGCCAACCUAUGCAGGAGUCUCUCUCUAUGCGCUGACCAUCGCCGCAAAGUACCUUUCUCACUCUACAUCCGUUAUCGGACAGCACGCAGAGCGUGUUAUCCAGGAUAUCUGGGGCUAUGAGUCUCAACUGUGGAAUCCGAAUAUGCGAAACUUCGCCGGACCCUGGGAUCGCUCGUAUGGAUAUGAUAUGAAUAAAUACGUCGCUAUCAUGUCGAUCUGGAUCUGGUCUCUGAUCGGGAAGGAGCAUGUUUGGCAAACCAAAGCUCCAAUUUGGAGCAUGACCCAUGCAGAUGAUUUCGAAAUCUCGCCUAUCAUUGCUGUAUUGUCGAAUUUCCAUAAGAAACUCGUUCCGGACGCCGCUCUCAAGAGAUUAACCUCUUUCUCUGGUGAACAUACCUACCAUGGACACACUUAUGCGCCCCCGGCAGACUACGAGCCACGGAAUAUCACCACCUGGUUAUCAUCUAAUCUGACCAUCGGCACGGACUCGUUCAACCAGAGCAAUGUGGGCGGCUACUCAAAGGACUCUUCCUCCUUUUCGCCCUCAGUUGUACAAUGGAUUCGUCCCGGUGGAUCAGUCGGUUACUUCAAUCUCUAUCCGACCCAGACAGCCUUGCAGGCGGAAGUCAGCCCGUACGCACUCAAUCUGACUUAUCCACUGGGUAAUUCCUCGAGCACGUUUACAUUCGUUCUUGCUUCCAACCCACUUGGUUCGAAGCGGGAUAUUUCUGGUUUCGAAGAUGUCGAUGGUUUGAAGAUUGAGGUUGUCGGUGGAACUGUCAACCCUGUUCCUGAGAUUUCGUUCUGUGGUCUUGUUGGUGGGACUUGUGAUAUUAUCCAUAACUUUGAAUUUUGGAAUGUUACUUUCUCGAUGGAUGAGGGUAGCUCUGAUGUUCCGAGCAUUCAAUUCAAGUUCACUCUUCCUUAG